CUAACCCCAAAAUUUCAUAAACUAGAUUUUGUUGUGGAGAUGAAGAGGGUUGGAACUUGGAAUUGAGCAGAGCACUAAUGUAAUAUCCAUUUUUCUCGAAAGUAGAAUGUUGAUGCCGUUUACAUUGAAAAAUAUAAGACGAGCCAUCAAUAGAUUUAACCACUUGAAUAAGGCAUGGACCCAGAUUCAGAAAAGUGGUGUUAGCAGUUAUGCUUCAUCAUCAUCACCAUCCAAUCUUGUGUUGUAUUCUUACUGGCAAAGCUCCUGCUCAUGGCGUAUCCGUUUUGCUUUAUGUCUCAAAGGGAUCCCAUAUGAGUACAAAGCAGUGGACCUUUUAAAAGGAGAGCAGUUCAGUCCAGAGUUUGAGAGAUUAAGUCCUCUGCAUUAUGUUCCAGUAUUAGUUGAUGAUAAUGUGGUGGUUUCAGACUCUUUUGCAAUAUUUCUGUAUUUGGAGGAAAAAUAUACCCAGAAGCCACUGUUGCCAGUUGUUCCUCAGCUCAGAGCUCUCAAUCUUCAGGUAGCAAGUAUUGUCAACUCCAGUAUACAACCUCUUCAUAUGAUUAAUGUUCUGAAAGAUAUGGAGGAAAUGUUUGGCGCAGAACCAGAACUGUGGGCCCAAUUUACCAUAGACAAAGGUUUCUUCGCUCUUGAGAAGUUAUUGAAGGAUUUUUCUGGUACAUAUGCCACAGGGGAACAUAUCUAUAUGGCUGAUGUAUUUUUGGCCCCACAGAUUACGCAGGCACUUCAGAGGUUUGAUAUUGAUAUGUCCAAAUUCCCUAUCCUGAGUAGGUUGUAUGAAACAUACAAGGCUUUGCCAGAGUUCCAGGCUUCAUCACCCCAAAGACAACCUGAUGCCUACAUUCACAAUUCUUAAUUGCCUCAGUGUCUGCAAUUUUUAUUUUAUUAUAGUAUAUUUUAUUUUGGAUAUGGAGAAUACCAUGCAAAUUAAAUACUUGUCACAACCAAUAAU